UCUGGUAGUGUGCGGGAUAACACGUUGUCAGUGUUCCAGACUCGGCUCUUACACUGCCAUUCUUUGUGGCUACACCACAGCCCGCUAAGUGUUGUACACCGAGGGCUGUGGUAGCCACGGCUACACCUGACUGGGGAAUAUUGAGAGUACUUCCAGGUGGUGAUUAUUGUGUAGUGAUGAUGAUAAUGUUGUGAGUGUAAGUUAUGGUGAGGUAGUGUGUGUUGUGGCCGGAGAGCCGCCCAUCCCCGCCCAUCCCCGCCAGCACCACACCGCCGCCGCCACCGUCAUGGUGCCUGCUGAUGCUGGUGAUGAUGACGGCUUGUACCAGCCACCACGGCCGCCACUACCUGCGCCUGCACCAUACACUCACCCUCGACCUGUACUGCCUGCUGCACCACCCCGCCCUACCCUCUCGCCCGCCCCCUCCCUCACCCGCCUCACCCACCAGCAGCAGCAGCAGCAGCAACAACAACAACAGCAAACACAAGUGAGCAGCAGUAGCGGGCAGGCCUCUGCUUCCUCUGCUUUGUCAUGUGCCCCUCAGCCCCUGCCUGGCCUGGCCCAGGGACCUGCCCCUCACUUCCUGACGGCGACGCCCCUGGUGGGUCUCCCGCCGCGCCCCGCCGCCGCCGCCGCCACCCAGCCUCCUGUCUAUCGCUAUCCGCCUUUCCAGCCAGUCCCCCGCUACCGCCCACCACCCAACCCCCGAGUGGGCGCCGCGGGGCUGCCGCCCACUGUCUCCGGCCCCGACGACCUGCCGCCCCCCACCUUCCUGGCGUCCCUUGCCGCCCGCUCUCCGUUGGGAGGCACCGGAAGCCUCUCCUGCCCGACCAGCCUGAGCCAGCAGGCAGCAGCGGAGGCAUCCACCGUGCUGGCUACAUCAGGCUUCCUGCCGGCUAGCGUCCCUGGACCCGGCUGCUGGUCCCUGCCGCGCGGGACCCGCACGGCAGCGAGGCUGCGGCUGCGACAGGCGGCGUCACCCACGAGCGCGGCGCCUCCGCCCCUGCCGCCAUGGUGGGCGGGGUGGGCGAGGAACUGAAAACUCGCUCGCUGCCCACCCGCUGCCUGCACGGCGCCCGCCCACCACCCCUCACUGCCCGCAGGAACCUGGUGCUCUCCGAGGGUGAGGGCGGCGGAGGCGGCUCCUCCACCCUCCUGUGCGAGGAAGAUGGAUUCUAUUUCAACCAGCCACUACUGGAGGAGAGAGACGAGGACCUGUAUGGUUCAUCUGAGGACCUUUCUUCAGGACCAUCCAUCCUGGAGAAGCUGAUGGUCUGGGCGUACUACAAUGCUGAUGGUCAGCCAGACGACAUCCAAGGUACGACCCCCCUCACCUAGUAUGACUUAGGACCCUCUAAGUACGACCCUCUGCCCCUAGCAUGUCCCAUGGGUGUCGAGGUGCAUCUCCCUGUUCUUAGUAUGACUUAGGAUCCCCUAGCAUGACUGAGGGGCUUCUAGGUACGACCCCUGCCCAUAGUAAGACUUAGGAUCCCCUAGUAUGACUGAGGGGCUUCUAGGU